AUGGAAGAUAAAAAAACAGCUGUUUUCAGAGUAGAACAUUUUAAUGCGGCGCACAGGUUGCACAACGCUUCACUAAGUGCAGAAGAAAACCAGCUAGUAUUUGGCAAGUGUAACAAUCCCAAUUACCAUGGUCAUAAUUAUACUUUGAUAGUAAAAGUAACCGGAGUUACUGACCCUAUAACCGGAUAUGUCAUAGAUCUAAAAAUUUUAUCAGAUCAUAUAAAGACAGAAGUAAUUGAACGGUUUGAUCACAAGAACUUAAACUUAGAUACUUCGGAAUUUAAACAUCUUAAUCCGACGGCUGAAAAUAUUGCAAAGCCUGAUAAAAAUACUUCUCAAAACAACAAUGCAAACAAGCAAAACGCUAUGAUCAAGAAUCCUGAUACAACUAUUGAAACUCCUAUGAGAAAAGAUGCCUUUUCGCAAAGUGAUGAGGAAAAGAUUGACAAAAUUGCUUUACACUUUAAAGGUAUUAUGGAAACACUUGGACUUGAUUUGAAAGAUGACAGUUUGAAUGGAACACCCCGGCGUGUAGCAAAAAUGUAUGUGAAUGAAUUAUUCAGUGGUCUUAAUCCUUUGAAUAAACCUGAUAUCACCUUGUUUGAGAACAGCUAUCGCUACAGCGAAAUGCUUGUAGAGAAAGGAAUAACGUUCUACAGUUCCUGCGAACAUCAUUUCGUUCCAAUUUUCGGCAAGGCACAUAUAGCUUACAUCUCUUCGGGAAAAGUGAUCGGUCUUUCUAAACUAAAUAGAAUAGUAAAUUACUUCUCUAAACGACCCCAGGUUCAAGAGAGGCUUACCAUGCAGAUAGCUAAGGAUCUGCAAAACCAACUUCAAACGGAGGACAAAGGAGAAAAAGUGGAUCUUGAGUAUUACAAAGAACAACUGGAGGCUAAAGAGGAUAUGCUUUUAAGAACAACCGCAUUUUUAGGAGAUAUUCAAAAAAAACUGGAAAUCAAGAACAACGAACUCAAAGAGAAGCAGCGUGAUAUUUUGAGUAGCUUUGAUUUCGCAAAAAUAAUACAAACAUCCGUCCAGCCGGAUACAAGCAUACUAAAGGUAUUCUUCAAAGAUGCCUGUUAUGAAGUUUUACAACAAAUAGCUAUUGGAGGUGAUACCAUAUUUGUAAAAAACACAAAUUCGGGACUUUUUUUUGGCUUAUUGGAUGCCACAGGUCACGCAAAUGGAAAAGCGUUACUCUUAACAAAAGAUGGAAUAGUCAGAAAACUGCAAACAUCCAAAACGUCCAUAGGUCAAAAUCAAAAUGUGCAGCUUUGUAGUUUUGAGUUAGACUACGAAAAAAACGGAAAACUGAUUUUGUUCUCAGAUGGCCUUGUUGAUCAAUUUGGUGGCAACAACGAUAAAAAAUAUAUGACCAGGCAAUUAAGUGAAUUGCUUGAAAAGAAUCAUCAGAAAAAAACCGAUGAGUUGGCAGAAACCAUUCUUCAGGCUCAUCUCAGCUGGAAGGGCACAAACGACCAGACAGACGAUAUCUCAUACAUCAUUAUAGAAUUUUAA